AUGGCCGCCCAGAAACAAACCAGGCACAAGAAGAGCAAGCAGACAGAUCCCGGCUCAGACAGCGACCUGGCCGUCGACAGGCCGAGCAAGCGCAAGAAGCAACCCGAGGGAAUGGGCAAGCCGGAGAAGGAGAAGCCCAAGAUGAAAGAGAUGAAAGACUCCGAUCACUCCGAUAUCGAGCCAGUUCAGAGACGAGGGGCCUCAGCCCCGAAACCAGGUCAGCGCAGAGAGGAUGAUGUUCUGCCCUCACGGAUGGUCGAUCCCAGCAGAAGUCGAGAUGCAGGACCUGGCGGCUUUGGCUUCGGUCCCGGCAAGGGGGCUCCGGAUGGCCCCAAGGGGAAAGGGAAGGGAAAAGGGAAGGAGGAUGGAAACGAACAGCCCAAAGAGCAACCCAAUUUUGAGCCCUCUGGCCUGCUGGCACUUGAGGAUAAUGCCAAGAACGGAAUUCCCUUAAAGUUCACGGUGCCUGCAGAGGUCAGGCUACCAAGAACGAAGUGGCGCCUCUACAUUUUCACCAAAGCCAACGAGGCACCGAAGAUCAUUCCGAUCCACAAAGAGGUGGGCUACCUCUUUGGCAAGGACCGGCGUGUGGCGGAAGUGCCAACUGACCAUCCCACUUGCAGCAAACAGCAUGCAGUCCUGCACUACAGACAGACAAAGAGCGGCUUGGUGAAGCCAUACAUCAUGGAUCUGGAGAGUGUCAACGGGACAUUUGUGAAUGGAGAUCGAAUAGAAGCAUCGCGCUAUUAUGAGCUGAAGGAGAAGGACGUCCUGAAGUUUGGCAUGAGCACCCGAGAAUUCGUGCUGUUGCACGGCGGCUCUGCAAACCAUAUGUCCAUCGAUCCUAAAGAUUUGAGGUCACCUUCCGAAGGCUAA